UGGAGGGGCGGAGACUGUCCAGAGCAGUACAACUCAUCACAUUCAGAAAACAGGUGACAACCUGAAUGCCUCUCGGCAGUAAACUGGAUAAAUUGUGGCAUACGCACCCAGUAAAUCCUAUAUGGCCAUGGGAACAAACGUACUACAAAUGCAAUCUGGGGCCAAAGAAGGCAGUCCCCAAAGAGUAUACCCUGUAAGAUUCACUUUUCAUGAAGUUCAAAGUGAGAUAAGGACAGUGGUGGCCUACAGGGAGGAGGAGAGUGGCUGGCCAGGGUGCUGAUCGUGUUCUAUUUUUUUUGCUCAGAGUGGUAGUUCCGUAAGCGUGUUCACUUUGUGAAGGCAUGUCACUCUGCCCAGGAUCUGUGCAUUUUAUUGUACGUUUGAUACACUUCAAUUCAAAAUGCAGGAGAGAUUUAGGAGAAUUGACCAAUGGAUGUGGAUGGAGGGGGAGAGAACGAGUCUGGUGUGACUAAGGUUUUAGCAUGAGGAACCAAGUUCGUGGAGUUAUCCUUCACUGAGAUGGCAAAGAGGAGAGGAGAGAUUGGUGGGGGCAGGUAAGAAUUCAAGUUCAGUUUUUAGACGUUCUAUGAUGGAGGCGUCCGGCAGGCUCUCAAGUGAAGAUGUCAAGUAGCCACCUAGAUAUUCAAGUCUGGAGCCCCAGGGGGAGAGCAGAGCUAGAGACGGAGAUCUGAAAGCCUUCAUCGUAUAGGUAGAAUACAAGGCCACGAGGGCGGAUGAGAUCUCCAAGGGAGAGAGCGUAGAGAGGAGAGAGAAGGUCCAAGGACUGAGGGGGCAGGAAGGUGCUCAAACAUGUCAUCGGGUAAAGGAUGAGAGCCACAAAGGAGACAAAGGAGCAGCCAGAGAGGCAGGAAGGAAACCAGGAGAGUGUGCCAUCCACAGGCCAGGUGAUUUCAAGGAGGAGGGAGUAAAUCAACCAUGUCUCAGUCUGCUGAUGGGGUAAGAAGAGAUCUGAGAAUUGACCGUAGACUUAGCAACAUGGAGGCCAUUAGUGGACUUCUGUCGAGGACAGUUCCAGGGAAUGGUGGCGUCUGAAGUAUGGGGCGGACAGAGAGGGGGGGCGAAGGUGUGGCCCGCAGACAGCUCUCCCAAGAGUUGUGCUGUGCAGGCAAGCUGAGAAAUGAGGCAGAGGGGGAGGAGAUGGUGGGGCCAAGGAAUUUUUAGGUGAGCGCUAUGACUGCACGUUUGUAGCGGGCGAGCCAUGGACAUGACAAGAGAGAGAGGGGAGAUAAUUUCUGGAGCCAGCUCAUCGGAUACAGGAGGACAGGGUUGCAUUAUUCUGCUUGGGGCAAUCACCUUCCAAGUGAAGGGUAAGAUUCGAACAAGCAGAGAGAAAUCAGCAGCAGAUAAGGCCCUGCCUGAGGAGGCAACUAUCCUGGAUAAGGCUGACACACUUCCUUUUUUUUCCCCCCUCCCUUUAGCUAGACCCAGGGCAGGUGGAUUCAAAGGUUUCUCCGAGGAAACAGGUCCCGGCCAGAGGCCUUGAGGCUGGGUGGGGCUGGGAAGGGCACACCCCUCCUCCCACCCCCCUACAAAUGCUGACGCAACCUCCAGUGGCAACAAAAACCAGCCGGUGUCUCAGACACGACAGCAGUGCUCAGAGAAGCCUCUGGAGCCGGCGGAGGAGCCAGCAUGGUGGAGUUUGCACCCCUGUUCGUGCCAUGGGAGCGCCGGCUGCAGACCUUCAUGGUCCUGCAGUGGGUCUUCUCCUUCCUGGCCCUGGCCCAGAUCUGUGUUGUCAUCUUCGUGGGCCUCCUGUUCACAAGAUUCUGGUUGUUCAGUGUCCUGUACGCGACCUGGUGGUACCUGGACCGAGAAAAGCCACGGCAGGGGGGCAGGUCCUUCCAAGCAAUAAGGCGCUGCUUCUUGUGGAAGUACAUGAGGGACUAUUUCCCUGUCUCGCUGGUCAAGACCGCCGAGCUGGACCCCUCCCGGAACUACCUUGCCGGCUUCCACCCCCACGGGGUCCUGGCUGCCGGAGCCUUUGUCAACCUGUGCACCGAGAGCACAGGCUUCCCUUCGCUCUUCCCUGGCAUCCGCCCCCAUCUGAUGAUGCUGACCCUGUGGUUCCGGGUCCCCUUCUUCAGGGAUUACAUCAUGUCGGGGGGGCUGGUCACAUCAGACAAGGAGAGCGCUGCUCACAUUCUCAACAGGAAAGAAGGUGGCAAUCUGCUGGCCAUCAUCAUAGGGGGUGCCCAGGAGGCACUGAAUGCCAGGCCCGGGGCCUACACGCUGUUGUUGCGGAACCGCAAGGGCUUCGUCAGACUCGCCCUGAUGCACGGGGCUGCUCUCGUGCCGAUCUUCUCCUUCGGGGAGAAUGAACUAUUUGACCAGGUCGAGAAUUCUCCCGGCUCCUGGUUGCGCCGCAUCCAGGACCGGCUGCAGAAGAUCAUGGGUAUCUCCCUCCCGCUCUUCCAUGGCCGUGGUGUCUUCCAGUACAGCUUUGGUCUUAUACCCUACCGCCAGCCCAUCACCACCGUGGUGGGAAAGCCCAUAGAGGUGAAGAAGACGCUGCAUCCCUCGCAGGAGGAGGUGGACAAGCUUCACCGGCACUACAUCAAGGAGCUGUGUGACCUCUUCGAAGCCCACAAGCUCAAGUACAACGUCCCCGUGGACCAGCACUUGGAGUUCUGCUGAGGGCCUCCCCAGAGGCCAGGGCUGGCGUUAGGGAGCCCAGCUGGAGGUGCUGCGAUCUGAGAAGGCUUCCUGGAGGUGUCUGUUGAGCACACGGUCACAGCCUUCCCAAACUUCUGCAAAUCCAACCAUGCCAGGCCCCAAGUCUCAGCUGCCACUUUGGGCGUCGCUGGUUUGCACUCCCGUUGCGAAGCCGCUGCGAGCCUCCCUCUCCUUGGCCUCCUCCUCUGUGAAUGGGAGAGGGGGCUGGAAGAGAGUGAUUUCUGAGGUCUCUAUCCCCGGUUAUAAUGUCACUCAAUAGGCAGAGAAAGAGAACGGCAACCAGGUCUUCCUUCCUCUACCUUGAGUAACAGCACAAAAGAAGCCCCAGGCUCCAGCCCCGUCUCCUACAGGGUCCCUCAUCCUGCACCCUACGUGUUCCGUCUCCUCCCUCCCUGAGCCAGAGAGGAGGAGGUGGCCUUGAGGCCUCCGCACUCAUGCCAGGCCCCUGUGAGUUUCUGGGUCCUCUGCACUGUAGACUGGCAGCCACAGGGGCCCGAAAGGUGGAUGAGGAGAACCGUGCUCUGUCACUGGCUAUAUGACAGUGGGCAGACCUCUUCACCCUCCCUCUGAGCCUCAGUUUCCCUGACUGACUGAGAUGAACCCUGAGUCUAAGCUCUGACAUUACAAAGGCAGAGAGCUCCAUGAGGCACCUCUUACUCAUUCAUGGUCAUUUCAGCCCCUGACCUUGACACAGAAAGGUGGGAGGUCUCCAUAAAUGUCAGUUCAACAAAUCCUGUUGCAGCCUUCUUCUGUUCCUCCCCAUCCCCCAACAAAGAGGGCUGGUCAAAGCCUCUCUUCCCUGCCUGGCCCUGUGGCCCUAUCUCAUCUUCCCAGAAGGCAGAUCAGAUUGAACCAGAUAAUGCCAUGUUGACUCUUCCUUCCUGAUCCGAUGGCCCCAAGCUUACCACCCCUGGGCCUGUUCUGUUGGGCAAGAAGGUGAGAGGCUAGGUUAAGACACAGGGCAGACCAACAUGGAGAAUAAAGACCAGACGCAAGG